AUGGCGACUGUGGUAGCAAGCGGCAGCGAUGGAAAAGAGCAAGGAGUCGAGACUUCCGUCACCUAUUACCGACUGGAGGAGGUGGCGAAGCGCAACUCCCCGAAGGACAUAUGGCUGGUGAUCCACGGGCGAGUCUACGAUGUCAGCCGCUUUCUUAACGAGCAUCCUGGUGGAGAAGAGGUUCUGAUGGAACAAGCUGGAGGAGAUGCAACUGAAAGCUUUGAGGAUGUAGGCCACUCCUCUGACGCCAGAGAGAUGCUCGAGCAGUACUACGUUGGGGAUGUGCACCCGAAUGACCUUAAACCUGGAGGUGGGAGCAAGGAACCUCCGAAAAGCAAUACAUGCAAAAGCUACUGGUCGUAUUGGAUCUUCCCCAUCGUGGGUGCUAUUCUCUUAGGUUUUCUAUAUCGUUACUACAUGGCGGAGAACAAGUCCUCCUGA